AUGGCGACGCAAGGAUGUAUUGCCGAUGAUCUUCUCUUCCAGCUGGCUGACAACAUUGAGACGGGAGAGCAGAUGGAGGCCUUAGGACGAGCUCUUGGAUUUAAGGCUGCAGCUAUCAAUAGAUACACUGACACCAACAACAAAGGUGACCGAGUGACUUGCAAGGGAACACGUGACAUGCUGUUUAACUGGAGACAGACAGUGGAGCCUUGCGACCAGCAUCUCAGACUCAAACAAGCUCUCACUGACGUUAAGCUGGUUAUGCUUGCUGAUACAUAUCUCAAGGGGACACCAAGUAUUAGAGAUAUCUUCAAUAAGAAGAUUUCGGAAUCCUUGACUGUUGAGCAAUGUCGCGAAAAGUUGAGAAACAAGUACCUGAAUGAAUUGUGCAAAAUCCAAAUGAAGCCAUGGGAUCAGAAUGCCUAUGCUGAGUUUAGAGAUAUGCACACGGUGGUCACAGUGAUGAAAAAGGACGCUCAUGGAAAAGACAUGAAAAUUAAGGAAGUAAUCCAGAAUUCUGUGUCUGACAUCUUUUCAACGAAAGUAAAUGGCAUACUGCCAGCUCGAAUCCUCAUUUCGGCCCCGGCUGGACGAGGGAAGACCACGGCUGUUGCUAAGAUGGCUUACGACUGGGUUCAUAGAGAAAAGGGGUCAGCAUUAGAACACCUGCCACUCCUGUUUGUUGUAAAAUUCAGAAACACAGGUCAGCUUACAUCGAUCGGAGAAGCCAUCAAAUCCCAGCUUUUGAGGGAUGUUGAUGAUCUCACACCAGAGGGUCUAGAGAAUUUCAUCAGAAAGAAUCAGGGAAUCUGUCACAUCAUUCUAGACGGGCUAGAUGAGUAUGCCGGUAUUUCUUCUUCAAAUCGAAGCUUAAUGAGCAACAUUGUCAAUGUCAUCCGAUGGGAGGAGUUUCUACAGUGUCGAGUCCUUGUAACAACACGGCCUCACCUAGAGAACUUCUUCAAUCAAGCGGAACUUGCAACGGUAUACACAAAGAUGUGGAUCGACGGAUUCUCUAGAGAGAGCUCUCGAGAUUACAUCGACAAAUUCUUUGCUUCGAGUUCGAAUGCUAACAAUGGACAUGGUCUGAAGGUUUACCUUGAUGACCAACCACUUAUUGAUGAACUUGUUAAAACACCUCUAUUUUGUCUCAUGGUCUGUCACUUGUGGAGCAAUGGCCUACUGGACAGUGGUACUACUACUCAAACAGAAUUGAUGGACAGCGUGAAUCUUUUUCUGAGGCAUUAUGCAAACGCCCGAUCCAAGUCGAGAGUGAAAAUCACACCCGGAAUGUUAAGGAAAAUAAUUCUUCAACUAGGCGAAGUGGCUCUAACUGGUCUGCUCGACGAUGCUAAAAAACUUGUCUUCACGCCUCAUGAUUUCCGAGGAGUUCCCGCACUACUUGAUAUGGCGUGUGAACUUGGGAUAGUAUCCAAGACGACUGUUUCAUCAACAUGGCUUCCUCAGUCCGACGAGACAACUUCCACUACGAUUGAGUUUUAUCACAAAAUCGCACAAGAACACUCGGCUGGAAAAUUCCUCGCUGAUCAAACGUACCACUUUCUGUUACAUUUCAAGAUUUCUAAGUUAGAUAAAGUACUACGCAAGAUCGAAGCAAAAAUCGGUGACUACGAGAAUCUCAUCCGAUUCGCCGCUGGCACGGACAACAAGCUCUCUUUUUGGAAGAGAGCGAGAGAUAUCGCAUUCUCCUUGAUUGUUCAUCAGAGACCACCAGUACAAAAGGAAAUGUGUCUUCGUUGGUUCAAAGAUGUGUGA